GCAGAUCUAAUCAACAUGGGCUGGGCAAGCAGCCUACUCGCCUUCGCCCGCGAUGAGCGGGUAGUUCUUGUGAGCCUGGGUCUUGCCACUUUUGGUCUUGUUAGUACCAUAGUUACCACGCUUACAUACAUCCGCGACGAAAACGAGAUCCCUCCAGCACAGCCAAAGACCCAAUACAUCACGCAGGACACAGAAGAUUCUCUAGAACUCGAGACCCUUGAGAAGCUUCUAGACCAUCCAAACUAUUCAAUCAGGGAUAUCGCCAUCAAGAUUCUUUGCGAUCGGGCUAUCAACGACCGCGAGACAACGCAUUCAUUGCUUUUUGGCAUCACGCGGCCAGACUACGAUGAGCGUAUGAAGUGUCUUCGGGCGCUGGCCCUGCUUACGGGACAGACACUUGGUCUGGAUGGACUAUCCAAGUUGAACAACCCCACAGGCUAUUCUGCCCUUGUGAGGUCCCUCGAACUGAGCUUGGACGAUGUUGAGCGACCAGAUCUCACCGACAGCCACUGGGACGAGUACUACCUUCGCGAUAUGGCCGAGAGGUUCUGUCUCAUGUUCAUCCUUGAGCUAACCAACAAGUAUGGUUCUCGCGACCUGAUUAAGGCACGGUUCGUCGAGAAAUGGUUGGCAAAGCAGGAAUGGGGGACUGAUCCCGAGGAGAGACGCCGGAACUUCAAGAAUUACAUGGACCUCAAGAGCAAUCGAAUCGUCGAGAUCGUGGAUAGAAUCAAGGAUGAGAGACGUGGACGUAAGGCGUUGGAAAAGGCAGGGCUGGUCGACUGGAAGGAGAACAUGCGGACCAUCUUUCGUAAGACCCCAGAGGCCACCAUGGAUAUCCAGGAGGAGGCUGCGGACGGCGCUCUCGCCGAGCAGCAGAUCCCUCGCACCCGAGAGCAUUCGGCUGAGGAGCAGCGACUUCGACGACAGCAUCGAGAGGCGAUGGUGCUCAACGACGGAACUCGACCAUUGGGCAGAGAGGAUAUAAUCGAACGGGAUCACGGUUCCCCAACCUAG